AUGGCAGAAGCUCCACAGCCCAACUCCACCUUCCCUCGCCCACCCUUCUUUAUACUGACAGGCAUCCCGGGGCUAGCUGGCACUCAGGUCUGGCUGGCGCUGAUCUUUGGGCCCAUGUAUCUGCUGGCUCUGCUGGGCAACGGGACACUGCUGGCAGUGGUGCGGAUAGACUCCACCUUGCACCAGCCCAUGUUUCUGCUCCUGGCCACACUGGCAGCCACAGACAUGGGCUUAGCCACCUCCAUUGCCCCAGGAUUGCUGGCCGUGCUGUGGCUUGGGCCCCAGCCUAUACCAUAUACUGCCUGCCUGGCCCAGAUGUUCUUUGUCCAUGCACUGACUGCCAUGGAAUCGGGGGUACUAUUGGCCAUGGCCUGUGACCGUGCUGUGGCGGUAGGGCGUCCGCUGCACUACCCUGUCCUAGUCACCAAAGCCCGGGUGGGUUACGCAGCCUUGGCACUGGCACUGAAAGCAGUGGCCAUUGUCGUUCCUUUCCCGCUGCUGGUGAGACGAUUUGGACACUUCCGAGCCAAGACCAUAGACCACGCCUACUGCGAACACAUGGCGGUGGUGGAGCUGGUGGUGGGCAACACACGGGCCAACAACCUGUACGGGCUGGCGCUGUCGCUGGCAGUGUCGGGGGUAGAUAUCCUGGGUAUCGCAGGCUCCUACGGGCUCAUCGCCCACGCCGUGCUGCGGCUCCCUACCCGGGAGGCCCGGGCCAAAGCCUUUGGUACAUGCAGUUCCCACAUCUGUGUCAUUCUGGCCUUCUACGUGCCUGGCCUCUUCUCCUACCUCACACACCGCUUUGGCCGCCACACUGUCCCAAAGCCCGUGCACAUCCUCCUCUCCAACAUCUACUUGCUGCUGCCGCCUUCACUCAACCCUCUCAUCUACGGGGCCCGCACCAAGCAGAUCAGGGAACGGCUCCUGGAAACCUUCACGUUAAGAAAAAAACAGCUUUGA